AUGGUUGAGAAUCCAAAGGUGCACAUGGCCAGAUUUGAAACUAUGGUAAUGCUCCACCAAUAUUCUGAGGGAAUCAAAUGUCGUAUCUUCUCUACCACGCUAAUAGGUCUGGCCCAACAAUGGUUCCGAACACUCGAUCCGGGAUCUAUUUAUUCUUUUGAGGAGUUUCAUGAUCUUUUCAUGUGUCAGUUCGCUAUCUCGAAGCGGACAAUGAAAACAGCAAUGUCUCUGAUGGAAAUAAAGCAAGAACCAACUGAAACACAGAAGGAGUACACGACAAGGUUCACUAUGGCUUCCCUGGCGGUGCCCAGAGCUGAAUCACAGAUCAAAGGUUAUGCCUUCGUUACAGGACUAAAACAGUGCACAUUCUUUGAGGAAUUACAGAUUCACCCACCCUCUAAUUUCGAUGAGAUAAUGGCUAAGUUGCCCGGAUAUAUUCAAUUGGAGAAAGUCAAAGCUGCCCGCAGAGCUGAAUAUGAACGUAACAGGCCUAAAAGACCAGAGGUCAGAGUAGAGCAGACUGAGACCAGACAUUACGAUCGAUCCAAUCAAACGACAUUCAGGGGACUACCUCUCAGGUUCCCUUUCAGAGCUAAGGAGGCUCAAGCACCACAACAAGCGGUGAACGCCGUGAAUUAA